AUGCAGGAGCUGAACGAGGCCAGGGAGGCACACUCCAAAGGCAUGUCGCUGUACGAGAUGCGGCGGAGGCGGCGCGACGAGGAGCGAGCCGCCCAGGACGCGCAGAACGAGGACGAAAUGGCGAAAAAAGAGAGGCAGGAGCAGCAGAAGGCGGCGCGCUGGGCGGCCAAGAUCCGAACACAGGAGGCGGGUGAGGGGGUGCCAGCGGGCGGGCAGAGUCCGACGACGCUGGACAAGUUCCUGCACUGCAUCCGGGAGGGCAAGGUCGUCCGGCUGGAGGACCUCGCGGCACGGUUCCAGAUAUCAGUGGAGCAGACGAUUGCGUGGAUCCGCGACCUGGAGGGGGCGGGGCGGCUGACGGGCGUGAUGGACGACCGCGGGAAGUACGUGUACGUGUCGCCCGCGGAGUGCAAGGCCGUCGCGAAGUUCAUCAUGGACAAGGGGCGCGUCACCAUGGAGGACAUCGCCAAGCAAACGACCGCCGCCGUCGGCCUCGGACCGCCGUGA